CCCCAUGGGACCCGCGGCCACUGCGCGCAGCGUGCGGGCGCCGCCGUCUCCGCCGCAGCCGCCGCCGCUGCUUCUGCUGCUGCUUCUGCAGGUGGCAGUGCCGGCGGGCGCGCUGGCCGAGACCCUGCUGGACGCACCCAGGGCCAGGGAUGCCAGCUCCAAUCCGCCCAGCCCCGCCAGCGUGGUGGCCCCGGGAACGACGCCGUUCGAGGAAAGUCGGUUACCCGUGUUCACCCUGGAUUACCCCCACGUGCAAAUCCCUUUCGAGAUCACUCUGUGGAUCCUACUGGCUUCAUUGGCCAAGAUUGGUUUCCACCUCUAUCACAAGCUGCCCACCAUCGUGCCCGAGAGCUGCCUUCUCAUAAUGGUUGGACUACUACUGGGUGGGAUUAUCUUUGGUGUUGAUGAAAAGUCUCCCCCAGCCAUGAAGACGGACGUGUUUUUCCUGUAUCUCCUGCCACCCAUCGUUCUGGACGCUGGCUACUUCAUGCCCACUCGCCCUUUCUUUGAGAACUUUGGCACCAUUUUCUGGUACGCUGUGGUAGGCACGCUGUGGAAUUCCAUUGGCAUCGGGGUGUCUUUGUUUGGCAUCUGCCAGAUCGAGGCCUUUGGCCUCAGUGACAUCACGCUGCUGCAGAACCUGCUUUUUGGCAGCUUGAUCUCAGCUGUGGACCCCGUGGCCGUGCUGGCUGUCUUUGAGAACAUUCACGUCAACGAACAGCUCUAUAUCCUGGUCUUCGGCGAGUCUCUGCUUAACGAUGCCGUCACUGUGGUCCUGUACAACCUGUUCAAGUCAUUCUGCCAAAUGAAGACCAUCCACACCGUCGAUGUGUUUGCGGGCAUUGCGAACUUCUUUGUCGUGGGAAUUGGCGGGGUGCUCAUCGGCAUCCUCCUGGGAUUUAUAGCAGCCUUUACCACCCGUUUCACCCACAACAUCCGAGUCAUUGAGCCGCUUUUUGUCUUCCUGUACAGCUACUUGUCCUAUAUCACAGCUGAGAUGUUCCAUCUCUCAGGCAUCAUGGCAAUCACGGCGUGUGCCAUGACGAUGAAUAAGUACGUGGAAGAGAACGUGUCUCAGAAGUCCUACACGACCAUCAAGUACUUCAUGAAGAUGCUGAGCAGCGUGAGCGAGACCUUGAUCUUCAUCUUCAUGGGCGUGUCCACCGUUGGGAAGAACCACGAGUGGAACUGGGCUUUCGUUUGCUUCACCCUGGCCUUCUGUCUGAUCUGGCGAGCACUGGGUGUCUUUGUCCUGACUCAAGUGAUUAACUGGUUCCGGACCAUCCCCCUGACCUUCAAGGACCAGUUCAUCAUCGCCUACGGCGGGCUCCGAGGCGCCAUAUGUUUUGCCUUGGUGUUUCUUCUCCCCGCUAGUGUGUUCCCUCGAAAGAAGCUCUUCAUCACGGCCGCCAUUGUUGUUAUAUUCUUCACUGUCUUCAUUCUGGGGAUAACCAUUAGACCACUGGUGGAGUUUCUUGAUGUUAAGAGAUCCAAUAAGAAGCAGCAGGCCGUCAGUGAAGAGAUCCACUGCAGGUUUUUUGAUCAUGUGAAGACUGGGAUUGAAGAUGUUUGUGGACACUGGGGUCACAACUUCUGGAGAGACAAGUUUAAGAAAUUUGAUGACAGAUACCUCCGGAAGCUCCUGAUUCGGGAAAACCAGCCCAAGUCUAGCAUCGUGUCCUUAUAUAAAAAGCUUGAGAUAAAGCAUGCCAUUGAGAUGGCAGAGACCGGGAUGAUAAGCACUGUCCCCUCCUUUGCAUCUCUUAAUGAUUGCCGUGAAGAAAAAAUAAGGAAGCUCACACCAGGCGAGAUGGAUGAAAUUAGAGAGAUACUAUCAAGGAAUCUCUAUCAAAUCCGUCAGCGGACCUUAUCGUAUAACAGACAUAACCUGACGGCAGAUACAAGUGAGAGGCAGGCCAAGGAGAUACUGAUCCGCAGAAGGCACAGCCUUCGGGAAAGCCUCAGAAAGGACAACGGUUUGAACCGCGAGCACAGGGCUUCUACUUCAACCUCCCGGUAUUUAUCCUUACCCAAAAACACAAAGCUUCCAGAGAAGCUCCAGCGGAAGAAGAUUUCAAGUGAAGAUGGCAACAGCAGCGACUCGGACACAGAUGCGGGGACCACCGUGCUCAAUUUGCAGCCUCGGGCCAGGCGUUUUUUGCCAGAUCAGUUCUCAAAGAAAGCCUCCCAGGCCUACAAAAUGGAGUGGAAGAACGAGGUGGACAUGGGUUCUACACGGGGGCAACCCAGCACCCCUCCGGCACCCCGCAGUAAAGACGGGGGCACCCAGACACCAGGACUACUGAGGCAGCCCCUGCUCUCCAAAGACCAACAGUUUGGCCGGGGCAGGGAAGACAGUCUGACUGAAGACGUUCCACCCAAGCCCCCACCGAGGCUGGUGAGGCGGGCUUCAGAACCCGGGAACAGGAAAGGUCGCUUCGGCAAUGAGAAGCCAUGAUGGAAAAAGCCAAAGCAGACUUGGGGCGAACGCGCUAG